AUGGGAAUACGCUGCCGAAUCUUUGGAAUUUUUAAGACACUUUUUGCCCUUCUAGUGUGCUACACACUUGUGAUCAAUGUAUAUUUUCAUUCAUCUGAUAGGUCAGUGGUCGAUCCGUUUGAGAUGCAGAAAUACCUUAACCAGUUGAGCAAAAAAAGAAUCGCGGACAAAAUCCGAAAUCACAAGCCUCUGGAGCGCAAUCCAGAAAGUUUUACUUGCAACGACACACAUGAGCCCGAGGAGUUUAUCCAAGUUGAAGACGGCCUGUACGUUUAUUCAGCUUUUUACGAUACAAGAAAAAAAGGUGAGACUUAUGUGAGAAUUAUGGCGCUUACGAAACAAACCCAACAGUUUGCGCUUUUUUGUUCGCUUCGUCCGAAGGUGAGACCCAUUCAAAUGACGUAUUACAACUUUAACGAAAAUCAUCGGGGUAGCUUUGGAGGAGGGAUAUUCUCAAGUCGGGUUCCCGAAAAUGAGCCGAAGCCUUGUCGAGUUUAUGUCUUCGUCGACGAUGAGUUAAAGAUCAGUUUGCCCUUACACUACACAGAUGACGUCGCACAAAAAGACUUCUACGGCAUUUGCACCCCUUUAUUCAACGACAAAAUCGAACUUUCCCGUUUUGUAGAAUUUAUGGAACUUUCACAGAUCCUUGGCGCAAGCUAUUUCGUCAUCUAUAAGGACGAUACCAUCGGCGAAGACGUCAAUACUGGGUUAAAUUACUACCAAGACCUCGGAUUGGUCAGUGUGUUGCCGUGGAAACUGCCUCGUUUCCAAGGGUCGCUAUGGCAACAUGCAGAGAUCCUUUUCAUGAAUGACUGCAUGUAUCGAAGCAUAGGGAAAGUGAAAUUUGUAUCUUUUAAUCGGGCGUCGGAUUUCAUCGUUCCCACGUAUAACCACACCAUGGUGGAUUUUCUUCGUUCCUCGCAUACUUGGGUAUACUGUGGUUACUGCAUCGGGGCCGUGUACUUUGAGAAUCGGCGAAGCUCGUACGGAAGCGGCAUCAAGCUAAUGACGCAGAGAUCUAAAAAGAGGUCACGCCAGGCUAGUAGGUACCAAGGGCAUUGUAUCGUCCAGCCCGACAAGAUCUUCGAGGUUGGUUUCCAUCAUGUUAGUAAGCCGAAUGAGGAGAGGUACGUGGUUAAGGCGAUGACUCCCCUCGAAGCGCUAGUAUACAAGUUCACCAAGUGCGUGCAGGGGGAGACGCUAGACAUCCUGUGCAUAGCAAUGAUGGAGGAUAGAACGAUGGGGAGGUAUGAGGUGGAGCUACGGACGGCUUACGAGGAUAACAUAGUGCAAAUUAAUAGUAGAUGA